UAAAAACAACGGCUUGUCAAACUUCGGAGUCGAAAAAGUGGUUUGUUUGUCGCCAAUUAGUAAAUCUAAAAUCGGAAAAACAUUUAAAUAAUUGUGUUUUGGACAUAAGUGCACCAUAUUUCCAACUAGUAUUAUUUCUACCCAAGUGCACCCACUAUAUCAUUAUGGCUGCACCACCGAAAUUCCCCGGCACUGGUCUAGAAGAAGUCAACGUUCCGGGUCAAGCCUAUCUUCGUGACGCCCUAUCCUGCUGCGAUGAUCCGCUGAAGGCGAUUGAAAACUUCCAGCUGGAAAAUGGUAUCCUACUACCGUCCCUCCGACCAAUGCUACCCUUGCUAGAUCUGCACGGUGUUCGUCGACUGGAUUUCCAUACAUCGGUGCUGGAGGAGCUGCGAGAUAAACUGAUAGCACACAUCAACGAAGUUGGUGCGAAGGAGGGUCGUGAACGAGAUCGCAAAUUGAAGGAACUACUGGUGAAGAGUUUUCCCGUAGUGCGUGUUAAAGCCCUGCGCCCAGUUGUGAUGUGCAUUUUGAGGAAUACCAGCCACAUCGAGGACAAGUAUCUGAGAAUUUUAGUAAGAGAUCGCGAACUGUACCAGGAUACGGACACGGAGGUCAAAAGACAGAUCUGGAGAGAUAACCAAUCGUUGUUUGGUGACGAAGUUUCUCCACUGCUAUCGCAGUAUAUCCGCGAAAAGGAGCAUAUUCUGUUUGACCAUAUGAAUCUGAACAACUUAUUCUUUACGCCUACGCCGAAAGUUCGUAGGCAAGGCGAAGUCGUACAGAAACUAGCCCAUAUGAUCGGUAACAGUGUUAAAUUGUACGAUAUGGUGCUUCAGUUCUUGAGGACACUUUUCUUGCGCACCCGGAAUGUUCACUAUUGCACAUUACGUGCCGAAUUGCUGAUGGCGUUGCAUGAUCUGGAAGUGCAGGACAUCAUAUCGGUGGACCCUUGUCACAAGUUUACUUGGUGUUUGGAUGCAUGCAUCCGAGAGAAAAAUGUCGACAUCAAACGAUCCCGUGAGUUGCAAGGUUUUUUGGAUAACAUUAAACGGGGCCAGGAACAGGUUCUCGGCGACCUGUCAAUGACUUUGUGCGAUCCUUAUGCUAUCAACUUUCUGGCGACAUCAGCGAUUAAAAUUUUACAACACUUAAUCAACAACGAGGGAUUACCAAGGGAUAACACCAUACUUAUUUUACUGCUUCGGAUGCUGGCACUUGGUCUAUCGGCCUGGAUUAUGAUCGACUCGCAAGACUUUAAGGAGCCCAAGCUUGACAGUCAGGUCGUUACCAAGUUCUUACCGGCUUUGAUGUCACUGAUGGUCGACGAUCAGGUUCGUAAUUUACACUCCAAGUUGCCACCGGACGAACGUGAAAGUGCUAUUACAACUAUUGAACAUUCCGGUCCCGCUCCGGAUGCAGUUGAGGCCUACAUUCAGGAGAGUUCAGUUGCUUCCAUUCUUGCGAUGUACUACACUUUGCAUACCUCACGGCAGAAAGAUCGUGUGGGUAUUCUCAGAGUUAUGGCUAUACUGUCCUCCUGCAAGGACGACCGUGCCUACGAAGAUCCGUUCCUGCAUUCGCUGAUUGCGCUACUCAUUCCAAUGUCCGAAGAGUUUGCUAAUGAAGAUUUCUGUACCGGUCUGUUCGACGAGUUCCUGUUCGCCGGUCUAACUCGGGACAAUGUAACGCGACACAUGCUCAAGUUGCUCUGGUACGUCCACCAGAAGCUACCGCAGGGACGUCUGCAAACGCUGAUGAAGGCACUGCAACCGAACGCACAGCACCACGAGAACGUACACAAACUGUACGAAAACCUGCAGAAGCGGGUGAUGGCCGCCCACCACGAACCGGUACCGGAACCGAUGGAUACGGACUUUGAUUCGCCGCUGAAGAGCGUCCCGACACCGGGACCACAUUACGUUUAAGUCGAUUUGACCGCGAACAUAAUAAACUUACUUUACAUUGAC